CAUCACUGACGCCAUAUUUACGCCACCGGUGAGCAGCGCGCGACCGACGCGUUCGCGCGUGAAUUUGUUGCGUGCAAUGGGCUGUUGCUGCGCGGUUGGCUGCUCAAACCGUAACACGAAAGGUUUCCGUCUUUUUAAGCUUCCCAAGGAAAAGAACCGAAGACUCCUCUGGAUUAGAAACAUUAGGCGCAGCAAAUGGAUCCCGACCGACCGCUCCGAGCUAUGCGAGGCACACUUUGAGCCAUCGCAGUUUGAGCAAGGCCGGCAGGAUGGAUGGAAGAAACUCAAGGCUAAUGCCAUUCCCACCAUAUUUGCUUACAAUCAGGAAGAAAGAAAGGAGCCACAGAUAGAGCCACCAAAAGAUGAAGAAAUAUCACCUGAGCAAUUAUACGAUUCAGAGCCACCAGAAGAGGAUCCAUCAACAAGCCAUGUGAGCUUGCAACAAGACAAUCCACAUGUCACCCCUUCUGUGUUGCAACCAUACAUCAUCCUUGUACAUGAACUGGACGUGAAAGUAGAAGCAGACCAGUCAGGUGACCAUGCCUGCCCAAAUUCAAGCACAACAGAGAAAAGUGCAAGUUCACCAACCUCAAAUGCCAGUGAUAGAACAGCAGAUACUAAUAUACUGAAUACUCGCCAGUACCAGAGCUCUAGCGCCAAUGAAGCAUUGUCGAAAGAAUCACUUGAAGAUUAUGGCAGCUCAGAACUGCACACUUCAGUCAAAACUCUUGCCUGUGCCUUUCCAGACCAAAGAUCAAGUUCUACAGAUAGGUUAUCUGCAAGUGAAACAGAAGCCAAUAACAUUACCAUAAAGGAGGAAGGUGCCGUGACCGGUGUGAACGAUUCAAGCUUCACUGAAACAGCAGGUAACCUAAACGAGGUUUUGGGGACAGAGUUUAAUGCUUCGACAGAUCCUACAAAUAGGUUAUCUGCAAGUGAAACAGAAGCCAAUAACAUUACCAUAAAGGAGGAAGGUGCCGUGACAGAUGUAAACGAUUCGAGCUUCACUGAAACAGCAGGUAACCUAAACGAGGUUUUGAGGACAGAGGUUAAUGCUUCGACAGGUCCUACAAAUGAUUCACAGAUGCCACAAGAGCUGUAUUCGAAGUUAUUGCAAAGAAUACAACACCUUGAGCAACGAAAUAACAUCCUGAGAUGUAGAGAAAGCUCAACAAAACGGAAGUAUGAGCGCUUGCAAACUGGAUUGAAAAAGAUUUUCAAUGAUGACCAAAUCCAAGCCUUGUCCCGCGAGAGCAACAGAGGAUGCAAAUGGUCAGAACAGACAAUUAAGGAGAGCCUGGAGCUUUAUUUUGCCUGUGGCACAACAGGGUAUGACCUGCUCUGCUCCAAGUCAUUGCCACUGCCUUCGGCGAGAAGCUUGCGUGAGAGAAUUCAAGGUCAGCAACGCACUAAAAAGGCUAAACUGCACCACUGCAAUUGCUCUUCGUUUCAUGGUUGAUAAUUAUGGCUGGGGAAAAGAAAUCCCCACCAUGUCAUGGUUUCUCAAACAGGCCAAUGUGUGGUUCGAACUCAUGAGUAGUAGGUAUCCAACCAUGGCACUUAGCCUCUCCAAUAAGGACAAGCAUUCUGAGGACAUACAUUUCCUUAAGAAACUCAUAGAUAUAUUGCAAUCACUGAAGAUCGACAGUGGAACUUUUAAACCGGUGCAAGCAGGAGUGAUCUUGUCAACGUUGUCCAUUCUAUAUCUUCAGGGCUUCCUUUUUAAUGAAGAAAAGUACAGUUUUGUUCUUACUUCAAGGUUUAUGCAAGAUAGCUUAGAAAAAUUAUAUUCAAUGUUUUGCCACCGUGACCCAAUUAGAAAACCAGUAGAGUUCAAAAUGGUGUUAAAAAUCAUAACUCUGUCCUAAUACCUGAAGCCAGCAUCCAUGGGUUCCUAUGAGCUUUAUGAUGAUGCUUUUUAUUUGGUUGAUCUUGGCAACAUCCAGGAAGUGGCAAGUGAAGAGCAUGCUGAAAAUUUUGAAAAUGUACCAGAAAUGAAUGACCUGUCAGAACAGAACUCCUUUUUCUAUUAUUGUGCUACAUAGUGUCAGAGGUUAUAAAAAAUGAUGUAAUUUGUGAAAGUUGUGUGCAUGCCGCGAGGGCAACUAAAAGUGGUGGGCCUAUGAGUCAACUAACAAACCUGAAGGCAUAUAAGGAGGGGUCCUCAGCAUCUAAGAAAGUGCCUUUCAACUGCUUCCAAUGUGUGAAAGAGCAUUCAGUGCACACAUAAAUUCAUUAACGUCAUCUAGGAACAUAUUUAACAUUCUAAUUAGGCACAUGGGGGGUGCCUUCAGAGCGAUCUUUCGCAAUGUCACUGCAUUUCUCAGAUCAUUAGCCGCUAUUGUCAAUCAAGAGGCAGGCUCUAUAUAAAAGAGCUUUCAAGGAAAGAAUUCCAGAAAAAGAUUGUGAGAGCUGAUCGGUCUAGUAAAUGAAUGGCAGCACUAAGACGGCGGUGAUGUUUGAAGCCCUCAUGUUAUUUUUGUUUUUCUUUAUCAUUUGAAUGCUUUAAAGCAGCAGUGCAUGGAUGUUAAACAAGUCGUGGAUGUUAAAUAAUAAUUUUGCAUUGUCAUCAGAUGCCUCUGUAUGCAUUUACAUUUUACAAUAAAAAUGUAUUGUGACAUCA